CAGUUCCAGGGUCUUGUGGCAAGACUUGCUCCCAUAUAUUUGAGGAAGCUGGAUGUGACACACCUGCAAGUCCCAAUUGCGGUGCUUGCAUGGGUGGUCCGAAAGACAGGCAUGCACGCUUAAAUGAACCUCAGGUAUGCGUCUCAACAACAAACAGGAACUUCCCAGGCCGAAUGGGUCACAAGGAAGACCAGAUAUACCUCGCUUCCCCCUAUACGGCUGCUGCGUCAGCUUUGACUGGUUAUGUCACCGACCCGAGAGAGUUUUUGCAGUGGGCAGUUUUAUCAUUACAAUCUGAUCAGUGUCUGUCAUCUUUAUAUUCUGCAACUAAAUGCUAUAGCAGAGAUUACGGAAUAAUGGGUAUAACAUCCAUCGUACAAGGUUUUAUGUCUUGUGAUUGUCGGGUAGCUGCCAUAUUGUAUGUGUAAUCGUUAGAGCAUGUUAGAAUGUAUUUAUGAAACGAUGGAAUAAAGAGGGCGUGGCGGUGAACUUCUCACUCUAUGCGGCAUAUAGUCCGUUCCAACAAAGAACGGAGGUGAGUUAUAAGAGCCAGUAACACGAUCACAAUCAAUGGUGAGAUGCUACUCAAUAUUAGUAACUCUCAGAGAUUACUCUAUGUAUAACUAGAGCAAAGCUCUGAUACCAAUUCAAAUUGGUACUAGGCGGAAUAUCCUGCUAAUAAAAAUUUAAAC